GAAUCGGUGAGGUGUUAAUACGACGAACGAUACGUUUCUUAGUUCGAGUUAAGUAAAGGAUAGACGAUGAAGGGAAUAUACGUCGCCAUCGCCUUCCUGGCAGCUUCGGCCGUGAGCGUCGUGAACUCCGAUCAAGAUUUUUUGGAGGAAGACUUCUAUGAGGAUGGCAUUCCUAUAAAAUGCCCAUUGCCACAACCAAAUUUCAGGAACACUACAACCAACAUCCCGCAUGAAAACGAUUGCACGUUGUUUUACAAGUGUAAUCUGGGACGAGCUAUCAAGCAACAAUGUCCCUUGAUGAUCGAAGGAGACCCACAGACGAGAUUGCAUUAUAAUAGACGCCUGCAGGUUUGUGAUUGGCCAUGGCAGGCCGGUUGCUCAAGUUGCGCAAUACAGUAUCCAAAUGGAACAUUUCCGCCGCCGGAGAAAAUGAAUAAUCCAAAGAACGAUUGCCAGUACAUAGAGUGCCGAAAUGGUGUGGAAUCCGAGCCAAUUAAUUGUCAACCUGGUACAUGCUUCAGUCGCACAUGUCAGAAAUGCGUUGGUGACAGAACUGGUGGAAAAUGUUCAGACGAAGUAAUAAAUCCGGGAUGUCAACCAUUGGGCGACACAAAAUUUCAUGAUUGUUCCUGCACUUUAUAUCACGCAUGUAGAAAUAUUAAUGGACAAAAUUUGUGGAUUUGGGAGGAGUGCACGGGUGGUCUGCAUUAUAGCCCAAUCCAAAAAAUAUGCCAAACACCGGAUAUAGCUGGUUGUCCACAUCUCAAAUAA